AUGGCUGUGUGGAAAAAAAGACAAAAAAUUGCUAAAUGUAAGGUUGAGAAGUGCCCACAUGAUGAAUUUUCUUGUGGAGAUGGAGGCUUAACCACUACCUUAUGGCGCCACUUAGAAAGUGCACAUUGGACUCAAUAUGUUAUGACAGAAGAAUAUAAAAAAAAAAAGAAAGUACGAAGUGAAGGUGGUGAUGUUAUAGAUAAUUCUAAAAACCCUUCUGCUACGAUACUGACCAAUGUUAAUAAUAUAAAACUUUAUGAUAUGUUCGCGGGUUGGAUCAUCAAUCGUCAAUACCCAUUUACUAUAAUUGAAGACCUGAGCUAA